AAUUGCAAUUUAGAUCCCACAAUGAUUCCUGUGCGGAUGUACCGUAUGCAUGGGAGGAUUGUGGUACCUGGAAAUAUGGGUGCUUACCGAUAUAUGCAGGAGCUGUGGCGUAAGAAGCAGUCAGAGACGAUGCGCUAUUUGCUUCGAAUACGGUGUUGGCAGUAUCGACAGCUUACCGCUAUUCAUCGUGUGUCCAGGCCAACUCGCCCUGAAAAGGCUCGUAGAUUGGGUUACCGUGCGAAGCAAGGUUAUAUUAUCUAUCGUGUAAGAGUACGCAGAGGUGGUCGUAAGCGCCAUGUCGUGAAAGGCCAAACAUAUGGCAAACCGAAAAAUCAUGGCGUUAAUGAGUUAAAAUUUGCUCGCUGCAAACAGUCUGUUGCUGAGGAAAGAGUUGGACGCCGAUGUGGCAGUCUUCGUGUAUUGAAUUCUUAUUGGGUUGGUCAAGAUUCUACGUACAAAUUCUAUGAAGUUAUUAUGAUUGAUCCGAUGCAUAAGGUUUCUUCUACUGUUUCAUUUUUAUUACAUUAUCCCUUCACGUGCAGAAAUACAGAUAAAUGAUCAGGUUGAGAUCGUAUUAAUAGGCUAGUCUUUUGUAUAUAGACUAUUUGUAAACUUAUAGUCAUGCAGAUUUAUAAUUCUUGCUUUCUUUUAUCAUUGGGAAGUAGAUCCAUCACAUUGUAAUGGGACUUAUUGUGCGAACGAUGUAGCCUUCUUCAAAUGGUGAUACAAUCAGGGUUAACAGUAAGGAAAGAAAUAGAUAUUCAUUACUUUUUAGGCCAUUCGAAGAAAUCCAGACACACAGUGGAUAACGAAACCUGUGCAUAAACAUCGCGAAUUGCGUGGAUUAACGUCUGCAGGUCGCAGAAGCCGUGGUCUUGGUAAGGGGCAUCAUUAUUCAGCAACGAAGGGAGGUUCACGUAGAAAGUGCUGGCUACGUCGCAAUACUUUGUCGCUGCGUCGUAAACGUUGAGAACAUAAAAUAUAAGGUGUUUGUUAUGUAUUUCGUACUGUUUUCUGUUAAAUGAAAGGUUAAAGUGGUAAAAUAUUUGAAUUUCAAUUAGUUUUUUCAGUGCAUUAUAGAAGAAUUAGACGCGUUUAUGAGAAUUUGAAAUACGUGAAAAAAUAACAUCUGACAGCACCAAGGCUGAGUCAUAAAAAGGAGUGAAUUCGUUAACAGUUGAAACUGAGAAUUCGAUGCUUUAGUAGUAUAACUGUUCAAACAUAAUGGUUGUAUUAUCUGCAGAAUAUUGUUUGGAUUUUGCAUGAGGAGGAGGGAACAAUGUUUUGAUAUAUUUAUUUGCUAAAUUUGUCCACUAGAUUCCCAAUCACAUCAAACAGUGUAAACCAAGCUUCUUCCACAUCUCUUCCUUGACAGUGAGGAUCGGCUUGCAAUAUUACG